AUGUCUUCCGAACUCGCUUGCGUUUACAGCGCUUUAAUCCUUCAUGACGAUGAGGUUCCCAUCACGGUAGGGCUUUGAUAUAGUGUUUGAAGUUUAGUUAUGGUAGAAUAGGGGUCUUUAGGGCCUACUAGUGGUUACUCUAAGUUUAUAACUUUAUUAUAUAAAACAUAUAUUUAUAGAUUCUAGUAUUCUACGAUUUAUUAAGGUUUAUUUAUAGCUUGUAAAGUAUAUUUUCUUGUAUAUUUGUCUGUGUCAGUAUAGGUAGUGCCGAUAUAAAUAUGAACAAGCUUUCGUUGGUAUGGAUGCAACUACCUGAAAAUAAUAAAUAUAUAAGGAGAAUUUCUCUGUAUAUUUUUCAGGUACACCAACGAAAGCUUGUUCAUAUUUUCGUGAUGUAUUUAAGUGUAUUAUAGAUGUAUUUAAGUGUAUUAUAAAGUUCCAUAAUUACGGCCUAAUGCGCCACUUUGUUACUUUACUCCAUCUAAUGCCAGACGAUUGUACUUGUCAAAGGGGAGUGCUGGCACUCGCUAUCACAUUUCGUUUAGUUUUUUGUUCGUUUUUGACGCAGGGUGAGAAAAUCCAGGCCUUACUGGACGCAGCAGGCGUAACAGUCGAACCGUUCUGGCCCGGUAUGUUCGCCAAGGCAUUGGAAGGCCGUAACAUCGGAGACCUGCUCUGCAGCGUGGGUACACCAGGUGGCGGAGGUGCAUCUGCGGGUGGAGCAGCUGCGGGAGGGGGUGACGCCCAGGCCGAGGAAAAGACGGAAGAGAAAAAAGAAGAGAAGAAGGAGGAAUCUGAGGAGUCGGAUGACGAUAUGGGAUUCGGUACGUUCACCCCCUUCCCCCAAGAACAUACCCCCUUAGGAAAAGUGCACUAGAACUGCCCUAAUUCCUCUCCCGAAGAAAAAAUUAAGCACCCCCUCAAAAGCUAGUAUUCUCAGAUCCGUGAGUUUCUCUGAUUUACUGCCGGGUAAAUCCCCCUCCCCCCAGAAAUACAUCUCCCUUCCCCAAGUAAUAAAUCCCCCUCCCCUCACCAAAACCCAGAAAACAUCAACUCCCUUCAUGGAAAUAACUACCAGUCAAAACAUUUGUUAAACAAAUAAACAUGAUGUCUUCCACAUAAAAGACAAUGAUAUUUAUCACUAUACAAACAAGCAAGAAGAUUAUCAAGAAACUAACAAAAUUUCUUUUUCUUUUUUAGGUUUAUUUGAUUAG